GUGUGGAAACUGUGGGGAGAUGCGCAAACCGGACGAAAACUAGUUUUUGUAAUCAUACAUUUUUAUUUAGGUAUGGGAACACGUGAAGUUUUGUUAUAAGUUUUAUUAUUUUCAAAGGUUUUAAAUACAUAAAUUGGCAAUUCCACAAUGGGUGGAAAGAAGAAAGGUCAUAACUUUGGUCGUGCGUUGAUCAAAGACAGGUUCGGUCGCGGUAAUAAGACACUGAAUGCUGACUCAUUUCUUCACACAUCUGAUUUAGCUGACGGAUAUGACUGGGGAAGACUCAAUUUGCAGUCUGUAACAGAACAGAGUUCUUUUGAAGAGUUUUUGUCCACAGCAGAAUUGGCCGGAACUGAAUUUACAGCAGAAAAGUUAAAUGUUGAAUUUGUGCCCGAAAGUCGAAUGGUUGGUACUCUGACUGAUGAAGAACGGUCAAAGAUUGAAAAGUCCCACGAGAAAUUUAAACAUUUCAUCAAAAUUCCCCGAAGACCUGCGUGGGAUAACAAAACUACAGCUGAAGAUUUAGAAUCAAAAGAAAGACAAAACUUCUUAGAAUGGCGUCGUAAGUUGGCAGAACUUCAAGAAGAACAGGGUCUGGUGUUGACUCCUUAUGAAAAAAACUUGGGCUUUUGGAGACAGCUGUGGAGAGUUGUUGAGAGAAGUGAUGUUCUAGUUCAGAUUGUGGAUGCUCGGAACCCAUUAUUAUUCUAUUGUGAAGACUUAGAGAAAUAUUCAAAAGAAGUAGAUAAAAAUAAAUCUAAUUUGUUGUUGUUAAAUAAAUCUGACUUGUUGACCGCUCAACAACGUAAAUACUGGGCAAAAUAUUUUGACUCUAGAGCUAUUACAGUAGCUUUUUAUUCUGCAAAGCAAAGUGAAGAAACUAUUGAAGAAGGAAAUGAAGAUGCUGAUGAAACUGUUAAAGAAGUAGAAGAAGAAGAAGAAGAAGCAGUAGAAGAAGAAGAAGAUGAUGAUGAAGAGUGGAAUAGUUCAGAUUAUGAAACCGACGAAGAAGAAGAAAUAAUUGGCGAUGUGGAUGAUGAAUGUCCUAAGUUUAAAAAUUCUUCAAAGUUAUUAACAAAAGAAGAAUUAAUUUGUCUCUUCAAAACAAUUCAUGGAAAUAAUAAACGUUUGACUGAUGAAUUGGUUACUAUUGGACUAGUAGGUUAUCCAAAUGUUGGAAAAAGUUCAACAAUCAAUACCCUUCUUGUUAAUAAGAAAGUGUCAGUAUCUUCUACUCCAGGAAAAACAAAACAUUUUCAGACACUUUUUGUUGACAAGGAACUGAUGUUAUGCGAUUGUCCUGGUUUAGUUAUGCCUAGUUUUGUAUUUACAAAAGCUGACCUUAUUAUACACGGUAUUCUUCCCAUCGAUCAGAUGCGGGAUCACAGGCCGCCCGUGAAUAUAAUUUGUUCGCAAAUACCAAAACACAUAUUAGAAGAUCAGUUUAGUAUUAUGGUAACAAAACCGUUGGAAGGCGAGGAUCCAAAUCGACCACCCACAGCUGAUGAAUUUCUGAAUGCUUACGCAUGCAGUCGAGGAUACAUGACGGCAAACGGACAACCGGAUGGUUCUAGAGCGGCUCGUGUAAUACUUAAGCAUUAUGUUAAUGGACGGCUACUGUUUUGUAUUGCUCCACCAGAAGUUGACCAAAAAAAAUUUCAUUCUUAUCCACCACCUGAAGAAAAUCGUGCAACAAAAACAUUUACCCCAUUUGAACACAUUCUUCUUAAGCCAAAUGUUGCAUCUGGAUCAGAUUUGGACAAUACGUUUUUUCAAAAAACAACAAUGGGCGCACACUGUAAAGGGAUGAAAAAGAUGGAUAUAAUGGGCAGUAUUAAUAAUCAAGCUCAACAAAGUACAUCCAAGCCGUGGAAAAACCAUAAAGAAAAAAGGAACAAGCAUGAGAAAUUGAGACGCCAAUUCAGACAUCUUGAUAUAUGAAUUUUGUUAUUAUUUUUAAAUUAAACAUAUUUUAUUUGUGAUAAGUUACAUAUUAAAACACAAUAGAGCUGCAACAACACCAAAUGAUUGCAAAAAUAUGAAGAAAAAAAAAUAGUUGAACCAAUAAUUAUUUAUUUUAUUUUUUAUUUUGUAACUCUUCCAAUACAUCAGAAUGGUUUAACACCGUGGAUUUCUCAUCAUCGACCUCAUCUUUUGGCCAUACAUUUAGCGCUCUAACAAUUUUAUGAAAAAAUUUAUAAUUAUAUCUGUAUGCAAUUAAUAAAAGUACUAAUCCGUGAACCUCAAUUUAAUAUUGACCUUAGUCCUUAAUGUUUUUUUCUAAAAUUUUUAGUUUAAAAGCUUAAAAAAUGGUACACACACUAGAUAAAAAUUCGAAAAUUUAAAAAAUCUUUAAAUAGCAGCUUUAGACACAUUAGAAAGUCAAAAUAUUUUUAGUAUUUCUUUGUGUAUUGGCAAAAACAAUUAACACCAGGAUCGCUGUUGACGCCUCUCGUACUGAUGGUUAGGCGUGUUCCCCCCUUGCGUUGAGGUUAAAAUAUAUUAAUUUGUGACAAAGUGUAUUGAUAAGGUGUCGUCACUUAUUUGAAAAUUUUACUACAGAUAGUCGUCACCACCGGGAGCGCUAUAUGUCCUAAAGAGGCUGAAAAACGUACAGUUUAGUACACCAAAACUAUAGAAAAUUAAAAAUAUAUCAUGAUUUAAGGAAUAAAAUUCAAAAUGUUUCAUUGCAUAAUGACUUCUAUGUUCUAAAUUAUUUGUAUACAUGUAAUUAAAUACUUACUUUUUAUCAAAAAAA